AUGCCGUUCAAGUGUUCAAGUUUAAAAGACUUGAUACUGCCAAAUCCUAGUGGAGAAACUUGCCUUGAAUCAUCAACACCUUACGAUCAAAGUGAAUCAUCGACAACGUACGAUCAAAGUGAAUCAUCGACAACGUACGAUCAAAGUGAAUCAUCGACAACGUACGAACAAAGUGAAUCAUCGACAACGUAUGAUCAAAGCGAAUCAUCGACAACGUAUGAUCAAAGCGAAUCAUCGACAACGUAUGAUCAAAGCGAAUCAUCGACAACGUACGAUCAAAGCGAAUCAUCGACAACGUUCGAUCAAAGCGAAUCAUCGACAACGUUCGAUCAAAGCGAAUCACCGACAACGUACGAUCGAAGCGAAUCAUCGACAACGUACGAUCAAAGCGAAUCAUCGACAACGUUCGAUCAAAGCGAAUCACCGACAACGUACGAUCGAAGCGAAUCAUCGACAACGUUCGAUCAAAGCGAAUCACCGACAACGUAUGAUCAAAGCGAAUCAUCGACAACGUAUGAUCAAAGCGAAUCAUCGACAACGUUCUAUCAAAGCGAAUCAUCGACAACGUAUGAUCAAAGCGAAUCAUCGACAACGUUCUAUCAAAGUGAACCAUCGACAACGUACGAUCAAAGCGAAUCAUCGACAACGUAUGAUCAAAGCGAAUUAUUGACAACGUUCUAUCAAAGUGAAUCAUCGAUAACGUAUGAUCAAAGCGAAUCAUCGACAACGUACGAUCAAAGUGAAUUAUCGAUCGACAACCUAUGA